AUGAUUGAUGGCAGUGUUCAUGCUAUUACAGGUGGAGGAGAUCUACACAAUGCCAGAGCUGGAACGAUAAGGAAGCAUUUCAAGAUCGCUCUGGCCCUGAAGGUGCCCAUUUUCUUCGUCAUCAGUAACUUGGACCUGUGCUCGCAGAAGAUCAUGGAUCGCACAGUGCGGCAGGUGGUGCGUGUCUUGAAGCUUCCGGAGUGCAGCAACGUACCCAUGGUUGUAGGCAGUACUGAUGAUGCGGUCAAAGCAGCACAACAGUUUGUCCAGAUCCCCAGCAUCGCACCAAUCUUCAUCUUGUCUAGUAAGACUGGAAAAGGUCUAGACUCGCUGAAGGCCUUUCUUAAAAUGUUGUCCCCCCUCAGCGACAGCCAUGAGCAGGAGGGGCUAAUUCAACAGUUUACUGAGUUUGCGGUGGAUGAGAUCUACAGAGUGCGAGAUGUAGGGACUGUGGUGGAAGGUACUCUGUACAGUGGUAUUUGCCGUGAGGGAGAUCAUCUAAUAGUCGGGCCCGGAGACUCCGGCCAGUUCCAGGACUUGACGAUUAAGAGCAUACAGAGGAACCACUCAGGAUGCCUGAAUAUCUGGCCCGGCCAGGCUGCCACACUUGCCCUCGCAGACUUCGACCGGUCAUUUCUACGCAAGGGUAUGGUGAUUUGUAGUCCUGAGAUGAAUACAACCAUCUGCUGGAGGUUUGAGGCGGAGAUUGUGCUGCUCUUCCAUGCCAAGACCUUCCACAAGGGCUUCCAGGUGACUGUGCACAUUGGCAACGUGAGACAGACCGCCACUGUGGAAGCUGUGUAUGGAAAGGAGGAGCUGAGAACAGGAGAAAAAGCAGUGGUUUGCUUCAAAUUCACCAAGCAUCCAGAAAAUGUAAAGGUGGGAGCCAAGGUACUCUUCAUAGAGGGCGAGCCCAAAGGUAUCGGCAACGUCACAAAGUUGCAGCCCAUCAGCCAGUACCAGCCAUCCCAUAGUGACGAUUAG